AUGAAGCUCCUUCGAGCUCCAUUCCGGAGCCUCGAUCUGCCCCUCCGAGUCGCCUCCAAACAAACAAUAUCAACAACAUCCGUACUCCGUCAGACCUAUGUCCCGUCCCUCGUCCGUCAGCCCGUCAUCCGCCGUACCUAUGCCUCCGUCUCUGCCUCCGAACUCCGUUUCGGUCAACCCGUCCACGAAACCCAUCCUCAUAUCCUAAAACCGGGCGAGCUCACACCCGGCAUCACGGCUCAAGAGUAUGCCGAUCGCCGAGCUGCCCUCGCCCAUGCCAUGACGGAUGGCAGCAUAGCCGUUCUCCAUGCUGCAUCCCUCCAGUACAAGUCGGGCGCCGUCUUCCACCCCUACCGGCAAGAGUCCAACUUUUUAUAUCUCACCGGCUGGCUCGAGGGUGACGCAAUUGCCGUCAUUCAAAAGACUGGUCCUGAGUAUGGCGACUACAGUUUCACGCUCUUUGUCAAGCCAAAGAACCCUCGAGAGGAGCAAUGGAACGGCUACCGCAAUGGCGUUGAAGCUGCCCGCGAUGUCUUUAAUGCCGACGAAGCUCAUUCCAUAGAUAUGGCAGAGACACUCCUCCCCAAAAUAUUCGAGUCUGCAAAGCUCGUCUAUGCCGACUUUCAACCUCCAAAAGGCAGCAUCGCCGCGACGGCCCAAUGGCUAUGGCGAUUCUUCUCCGGCAGAGAGUCUCGUCCAGCGCGGACACCCCUCUUCUCUGUUAUGAACAAGCUGCGAGUCAUCAAGAGUCCAGCCGAGGUCGCCAACAUGCGUCUUGCAGGUCAGAUCUCGGGCCGUGUUAUUACAGAUGCCAUGCGCAGGCCAUGGAAACGAGAAAAGGACUUGCACUUAUUCCUUGAUUACGAGUUUGCCAUGAAAGGUUGCGAUGGCCCAGCAUACAUUCCCGUGAUAGCUGGCGGCGAGCGGGCAAACUGCAUCCACUACACUGUUAACAACAGCACAUUCCGUGAAGACGAGUUCAUUCUCAUCGACGCCGGCGGUGAGUAUGGCACGUACAUCACCGACAUAUCCCGCACAUGGCCUGCAUCUGGCCGCUUCACCCCCGCUCAGCGCGACCUGUACGAGGCCGUCCUCAAGGUGCAGCGCACCAGCGUCUCACUGUGCCGUGAGAGCGCACGCGUCUCUCUCGAAGACAUCCAUAACAUCACGGCCCGCGGCCUCGUCGAUCAGCUGCGUAGUAUCGGCUUUGAUGUUUCCAUGAGCAACAUUGACCAGCUCUUCCCCCACCACGUCGGACACUACAUUGGCCUGGACGUGCACGACUGCCCUGGCUACAGCCGGCGAGAGACCCUCCGGCAGGGCCACUGCGUAACCAUCGAACCAGGUGUUUAUGUACCCAACGAUGACCGGUGGCCGGCUGCCUUUAGAGGCAUGGGCGUGCGGAUCGAGGACAGCGUUUGUGUAGAUGAUGAUUCGCCCUACAUCCUGUCCACAGAGGCGGUGAAGGAAGUGGCCGACAUUGAAGCAUUGCGAUAA